AUGGCGUGGGAACAGUAUGUAGAUUCUUUUCUUCUCGGUUGCGAGAAGGGGAACGGAGGGGCCAUCGUUGGGUAUGAUGGCCUUGUCUGGUCUUGCUUUUCUAAUGCAAACUUUGGUCUUACCCAAGAAGAAGCAAAAACUCUUGCCAAAUCAGCGGCGGGGAACAUUGAAAACCUUAAAACGGUUGAUCUAAUAGUUGGUGGGAAAAAGUUUGAAAUCACACACGUCGAUACUGAGAAAAAUUGCGCGACAGCAAAACAUGAAGACGGGGGGCUCUCGAUGUACAAAACCAAAAAAACAUUGGUAAUUGGGUUCUACGCCAAUAACAAUACAACGCCGGAACAGAACGCGGAGGCGACGUACCACUGCGCAAAAUAUAUGUUGGACUUGGAUUAUUAA